GUGUGAGCUAACGACAUUCUCUCAAGCGCUAUAUCAGGUACCCCCGGCAGCCUGGCUUAUAGGAUAUCGUAUUAGGGGUUACUGCACGGCUUGGGAGCGCGCUGCUUUAGUGCCGUGAGGAGCCCAGUUUGUCAAACUGACAGCGCGCACCGACGCACACCGAUUCAUCAAGUUAGCAGUUGCGGGCAACUCUGGCAUCAGUUUUACCUCCCGUCCAUGUAGAACUCUCUCACGCAGCGUCAACAAGCAGCAGCAGCAACAGCAGCAGCUACCGAAGCGAUAGCAGCAGCAGCAGGCGAAUAUAUAUCUACACACGUGUACAUGAGUACAAGACUGGGUGAGAGUCAAGCGCAGAGGAGGCCACGCGAAGUCCCCGUGUUGCGCGGAGUGAACCGCGACAGGAGAGUUGAAGGCGUGUGACGACGGAGGAUUAACACGCACCACGCGCACGACGGAGCUGUCAAUGGACCAGUCGUUCGGCGAGGUGAACCAGCUGGGCGGCGUCUUCGUGAACGGGCGACCGCUGCCCAACGCGAUCCGCCUGCGCAUCGUAGAGAUGGCGCAGCUGGGCAUCAGGCCGUGCGACAUCUCGCGGCAGCUGCGCGUCUCCCACGGCUGCGUCUCCAAGAUCCUGGCUCGCUACAACGAGACGGGCUCCAUCCUGCCGGGAGCCAUCGGGGGAAGCAAGCCGCGCGUCACCACCCCCAACGUGGUCAACCACAUCCGCACGUACAAGCAGCGAGACCCGGGAAUCUUCGCGUGGGAAAUCCGCGACAAGCUGCUCGCCGACGGCGUCUGCGACAAAUACAACGUGCCCUCCGUGAGCUCCAUCAGCCGCAUCCUGCGCAACAAGAUCGGCAACCUGUCGCAGCCGCCCAACGCGGGCAGCUCCUCGCACUACGACGGCUCCAAGCAGCAGGGGCAGUCGACCCCGUCGGGCGCCCUUCCGUACAAUCACAUUUACGCGUACCCAAGCGCCAUGGCUCCCAAGGUGCCCAGCCCCGCCGCGAUGCCCGGGGUAGGAGUCGGGGUCGGGGUGGGCAUGGGCUCCAUGUGCAUGCCCAGGGCAUGGCCCUCGUCCCACUCCGUGAGCGACAUCCUGGGAUACAGGGCCGCCCUGCAAGCGCACGCACUCGCGAUGGGAGACAGCUGCGCAUACCCAACGCACGGGCUCGCGAUGGGGGACGGCGGUGCCUACUCGGGCAAGGUGCACGAGGAGUGGGGCUCGGCCAUGAGCAGGGCGAGCUUCCAGGCGGCCGCGCAAGGAGUCAACGGCAUGGAGAAGCAGAGUCCCGGGGAGCCCGAGCACAAGUACUCGCAGGCCCACGCGUCCCUGCCGGCCGUGAGCAGCUUCGUGUCUGCGGCUCAGGGGGUGCGCGCGUACGGGACCCCGCAGACUCAGGUGCCCGCGGGUGCCUACGUGCAGUACACGGGCCACCCUGGCGCCGGCUUCUUGCCCGAGGCCGCAGCGGGCUGGCAGGCUGCCCAGGGCAGCGGUGGGGCAGCGGCAGCAGCAGUAGCCGGUGGGCCUGCCCUGUCUGCCCUUCAUCACGUGGCCGCCGAGCUGCCCUCUCCUGCCCGCUACAAGACCGCGCCGGCCCGUGACGGUAGGCAGCUGUUGAAAUACGCCAGGGUUAGCGUAUAAUAAUAAUAAUAAUUACGUAGAGAGACGCACAUACACACACAUGGUGUAGGGUAGAUAGACA